AACUAAUCCGCUUUGUGUUCCAGGACAAGGAUGAACAGACGCGGCUGGAGAUGAAACACAGGAAAGAGGAAGACGAUUUGUACAGGAAGUUUGCGAGGCAGCGGGAAGAGGAGGAUAAGAGGAUGAAGGAAGAGUUUAGGGACGAGUGGGAGAAGGAGCUCGAGAGGCUAACGAGUCGGUUCGAGCGAGAGUUGCAGACAAAGAGGAAGCGGCCAGACGAACACAAGGUGCUAACUCUGAGGCUACAGCAGGAGCGUGAGGAUCUGGAGAAGAACAUGACCAUCAGGAGAGACAAGAAGAAAGAGUCUCUCACCAGGAAACUGCUGGAGCACGAAAGGGCAGCGACGGCAGCUCUGGUGGAGAAGCAGAGUCGAGAGAUGUUGGAGCUAAUAAACGAGAAACGCAGUGAGUACAUGAUGGCGGAGUCGUUGUACCUGGAUGAGGGUGAAGGUUAUGCUGACGACACCCUGCUGCCGUACCCUAGCCAGGCACCCACUCCCGCACCUCCACUCGUCUCCAAGUUCCAGAUAUACAACGACCCUGUCGAAUUUUCGCACAUCGACCAAAUCGCCAUAUCGGUUGCACAAGAAGAUCAAAAGACAUUCACAGAUCUAGUCCGCCAGCUCGUAGGAAGAUGUGGUUCCGACAUUGAAAAAGCCAGGACCAUUUUCCGCUGGAUAACUGUGAAGAACCUGAACACAAUGACAUUUGAUGACAAUCUGAGAGGAGACACACCCAUGGGAUUGUUGAGAGGAAUUAAGCAUGGGACAGAGAGCUACCACGUCCUCUUCAAACGGCUGUGCAGCUACGCUGGUCUGCACUGUGUGGUAAUCAAAGGCUAUUCCAAGUCUGCUGGUUACCAACCAGGUGUCCGGUUCGAGGACAACCGUUUCCGCAACUCCUGGAAUGCUGUGUAUGUGGCCGGUGCUUGGCGGUUUGUCCAGUGCAACUGGGGUGCACGCCAUCUAGUCAACGCCAAGGAGGUACCAAAGGCCGGUGGCAAGGGGGGCAAGUCCGACAGUCUUAGAUAUGAGUACGAUGAUCAUUACUUCCUAACGGAUCCAAGAGAGUUUAUCUAUGAGUUCUUCCCUCUCCAAGCUGAUUGGCAACUCCUCAAAACACCAAUAACACUUCAAGAGUUCGAGGAACUUCCGUUCGUCAGGUCACUAUUUUUCCGCUAUGGCCUCUAUUUCCCAGACUCUCACACCAAAGCUGUCAUGUACACCGAUGCCACGGGAGCAGCAACAGUGCGUAUUGCUAUGCCCACCAACAUGCAGUCAAGUCUGAUCUUCCACUACAAUCUCAAGUUCUAUGACAGCGAUGGAGAUACGUAUGACGGAGUCAGUCUGAAGAGAUUUGUAAUGCAAUCAGUGGUAGGUAAUAUGGUAGCAUUUCGUGUCCACGCCCCGAGCAGUGGAGCCUUCCUGCUGGACAUAUUCGCCAAUGCAGUGACACCGAAGGAAUAUCUCACCGGAGAGCCAAUGAAGUUCAAGAGUGUUUGCAAGUUCAAGAUAGCUUGUGAGGAACUACAGACUGUCAUGGUACCCCUGCCUGACUGUGCCAGUGGAGAAUGGGGUCCCACCAAGGCCACUCGUCUCUUCGGCCUUAUACCAAUUACACAUCAGGAUGCCCUGGUGUUUGCGGGACGGGAGCUGGAGCUACAGUUUCGCAUGUCCCGGCCCUUGACAGACUUCAUGGCCACUCUCCACAAGAAUGGAGUGGAAGAGAAACGUCUGUCCAAGUUUGUGUCACAUGUGGUCUCUGAUGACGACGUCGUAACAUUCCUCAUCAGUUUCCCCGAGGAGGGCCAGUACGGGUUGGACAUCUACACGAGGGAGCUGGGGGGUGCCAGUGCAGAAAGCACAGGAGAGAAACACUUGCUCACACACUGCUGCAAAUACCUCAUCAACAGCUCAAAGAGAAAUUGAUUCUGACUAUUCUACCAAUGGAACUAUGAAAACAUUUGACAACCUAAUCAAUCAUCUAAUCAACACUAAUCACGACUAUGAUCCAUGCAAGAUUCAUCAAUGGAGUUCCACUUGAAAAUUUUAAAACCCAAUGAUGGCAUUGUUAAAUAAAAUGUUAAUGGUUAAAAUUUGAACUGUAUCCAGAGAGGGUAUAUAAAUGAUAACUAUUAAUUAUUCUUAUCAAAAGAUGAAAAGAAUAGAUAUUGUUUACAUAACAAGUGCAUACCAAAGCUUCCCAACACUUCAGAUUAAUAAUUUUCUGGUACAAAUAUUUGUGUAGUUGUAAGAUAGAGCACUAGAAGUUGUAUUCCAUAUUUGUUUCUUUUAGGUCAAAUUUAUCUUAAGGUAGUGAAAUUCUUAAAACAUUUCACAGUUAAGAACUUUAACAAAACUUAUUCAAAUAUUUGUUACAUAAUAUACAGAAGUAUGGACUUCUAUUUCAUGAACCAAGAACCUAAAUUGCAAAGGUAUAUCUAUUUAAAUAUUUUGCAUAUACAUUUAUUUUACAUAAAACUGUGUGAUUAAAUAAAUGAAAACACAAUUAUAAUUAUGAAAAAAUCUUUAUAAAAGUUCAUAAAAAUCUUGUACAAAUAUACAAAAAUAUUUAGCUGCAUGGAGAACUCUAAAGUUAAGCAUACAAGGCAUUUAGAAUAAUUUAUAAUAAUUGUCAAUAGUGUAACUAAUCAUGUAUAUAGUAAAAAGUUAUCAUAAAUAAUAUAUAUAAAACAAUUGUAAUGUUCUUAAUGUAGAAACAUUCAAACAGGUAUUGCAUGAUUUUGUUUGGAAAUGAAUUUUUGAACAAUAAAAACUGUGUAAUAAGCAAAACUGCAACAAAAUUGCUUGUUUCUAUUGAAUAUAUAUUUGACAGUAGUUUAAUAUUUAUUUAUUAAAUUUUAUCAGUAAAUAUUAAAUUGAUUACAAAAAAGGACGUUAUUGAUACAUAGGUUAGAAGCAAUAUUUUUAUGAUAAACAUUACUUGGAGGAAGUUAAAUAGGCAAAAAUCUGCUUGUGUGUUUCUACACAUCGUUGUACAGUACCAAAUAUAAGAUGCAGUAGGAAAACCUGCGCUAAUAUAACGAUUCAUUAUUAGACUUUUUAUAUUACAACGAAUUUCCAACUAAAACUAUUAAUCUGUUUAAUGACAUUUUAUUAAAAUCAGUAAUCCACAUUGUUGCAAUACAUAAAACAAAUUGUAUAAAAAAUAUAGUGAUGUAAAAAUUAAGAUGUAUUUAAUUUAUGUCUAUGUUUGUUUUAUACAAA